AGGCGUGGUUAACAAUUGGAUUGUUCCCGCCCUUUUUUCUGUUCCCAUUCCUCAUCUCAAUAAUCUCACGUGGUAAAAGAAAGGCUCCAUCUAGUCCAGAAUUAUGAGUACUCCUUUGAAACUCUCUCAGAAGCAAAAGUCUGUGGACUCACCUGAGACUGUCAUACUGAAAAUGCAGAAAAAAGACUUUACUAGACCCACUAGUGUCUAUGAAAGGAGGAUAUCCGGUACACCGGACGCCCAUAGUCAACCCACUGGUCGUACGAGCCCUCUCAAACGGUUUGGACUUGCUAAAGAAAGUAUCAACAAAACUUUCGGACUAAUAAAAACAGAAUUGCUAGAAGCGCAUGCUAUAUUGGUAGAGGCUAAAGGAGGAGAGAGCGGGGAGGGAGGAGGGAGAACAACUGUCCUUCUUGAAAAGACGGCCGGAAUCGAGGAAAUAUUAGCCAGGGAUCAUAUGAAGGUUGCAUUCUUUGGUCGUACCUCCAAUGGUAAAAGCACUGUUGUGAAUGCUCUCCUUCAUGAUAAAGUCCUACCUGCUGGCAUAGGACAUACCACAAACUGCUUCCUGUCAGUCAUUGGAGUUGAUGAAGACAAAGGAUAUGUAAUUGUACCUGGAUCUGGCGAACACUCCGAUAUAAAAUCCCUUCAGCAAUUGGCUAAUUCAUUGCAUAAAGAACGUCUCUCCACUAACAGUCUCCUCAGGGUUUGCUGGCCAAAGGAGAAGUGUGCUUUACUCCAAGAAGAUGUGGAAUUCGUAGACAGUCCUGGUAUUGAUAUGAAUCCCGACGUUGAUGACUGGAUAAACUCGCAUUGUUUAGACGCUGAUGUUUUCGUCCUCGUAUCUAAUGCUGAGUCGACAUUAAUGAAUGCCGAAAAGAAUUUCUUUCAUCGAGUUAGCGAAAGACUCUCCCGCCCGAAUAUAUUCAUUUUAAACAAUCGCUGGGACGUUUGUGUUGAGGAAGAGCCCUCGAUGGUGGAAGAGGUCAAGCAACAACAUUUGGAGAACGACAUCUCUUUCCUCUCAAACCAACUCUCAGUCAUAGACCCUGACACUGCUAGGGAGAGAGUUUAUUUCGUUUCGGCUAAAGAAGUUGUAACGAUUAGAAACAGACAGAGAGAAAAUCAGAGCGACUUGGGCAGGGGACUUCACGAUGGCUACAAGGGACGUCUUCUUGAGUUUGAGAGAUUUGAGUUAAAGUUUAAAGAGUGCUUAUCAAAUUCGGCGAUUAAGACAAAAUUCGAGCAGCACCACUCACGAGGUCUAGAGAUUGUCCUCGAAUUGGAAGAACUUCUUAACUUUGAAAGCGAACAAGCAACUCAGAAAAAUUCUUUAAUACAAAGCGAAUUGCAGGAGAUUUGUUCUAAGCAGCAAAAUUUGAAUGAUAAAGGACAUCUUGUGUAUCAGAGAUCAAUACAGAAGACGCAGUCAAUGGCGGCUGAGUUGGAGUCAAGAGUUCAAGCAGCAAUGGAAGGAAUACUGGGACAUAUAGCUACUGUAGCUGAUGAAUAUAAGCCUCAAGAAGACUUCGACCACACAAAGACAGAGACAUUCAAGGCUGGACUCUACUCUCACAUUGACGAGUCGGUACAGAAGCAGCUGACCAGCCUCUGUCCAGCGACACUAGGUGACGUCCAUCGUACCACUUGUUCAACCAUCGUCUCGGACUAUCAGCAACUUUUAGGACUCACUCAAGAGCAAGUAACUGAGUACCAGCUCGAGCCUCCUCUGGUCUCAAGAACCAUCUCUUGUAAGGACCUUUGUAAAGACUUUCGGGAGGACCUGGAGUUUCGUUUCUCACUUGGGAUAUUCUCAUUCAGUAGAUGGGUCAAUACCGGGAGUAUAAUGUUCACUGUUCAAAGACACGUUUCAAGAAUGUCCUCAAUAGUUCCAGCUGAACUGCUCCUCCCUGUGUCCCUCCUGGGAGGAGGAAUGAUUUUAUCCCGUCUUCUUAGUUGGAAGUAUUUGCUACCGCCCACUCUCCUGUAUGUGGGUUUGUACAUGUACGAUAACGCCCACGCAGUUGCUGGCAAAACUUACAUUUUCACAAGAAAUAGAUAA